GAGUCCUAAAAACACGCACAAGAGAUGCAGUAACUCCUCCUGCUCUUUACCUUACCUGGAUUUUGCAAAUGGGGAAAGAGGCAGAACUAGUGGAUGGACUCUAUUUGGUAGAAAGACAGGUGUUCUCUGAAGAUUCCCUUUCACAAGAAUUCAGAAGGGAAGACAGGAUACGCAAGGUUCUACUAGAUCAUAUCAGGGAAUACUUCACGUGUGAUUCCACACGGCUAAAGAAUGCAGUAUUGUCUUUUUUCCCCAUCAUCGGGUGGGUAAAAAUAUACAAAUUUAAACAAUGGCUGCUGGGUGACAUAAUAUCUGGAGUCAGCACAGGACUUGUGUCUGUACUGCAAGGACUUGCAUUCGCCUUGCUGGCUGUUUUACCACCAGGAUAUGGACUAUACGCUGCAUUUUUUCCUGUAUUGACUUACUUCUUCUUGGGCACAUCCAGACACCUGUCAGUAGGUCCUUUUCCUGUUCUGAGUCUGAUGGUUGGCGGUGUUGUAGAGAGGUUGGUACCUGGUAACACUACUGUAAACAUUACUGGAUUUGAGGGACUGUCCGAGGAAGAACAAAGAGUUGUAGUCGCCUCUUCUGUCACAUUUCUUAUGGGCAUUUUCCAGCUUGCCUUGGGAGUGCUGCAGAUUGGCUUCAUAGUCAUAUACCUGUCUGAGACUCUGGUAUCCGGGUUCACUACUGCUGCUGCAAUUCACAUCCUGGUAUCACAGCUCAAGUUUGUGCUCGGGCUGGAUGUAAAAGGCAGCAGUGAUGCAUUCAACAUUUUCGAUACUUUGGGGCAAGUUUUUACUCAGCUCUAUAAGACAAAUAUUGCUGAUUUGUUGACCUCCAUUGUGAUCAUGGUAGUGGUGUAUAUAGGAAAGGAGCUCAACGACAAAUUCAAGCUACGUGUGCCCAUUCCAGUUGAAAUCAUCAUGACCAUCAUUGCUUGUGGAUGCUCUUAUGGAUUUAAUUUUGAAGCAAGAUAUAAUGUGAUUGUGAUUGGAAAGAUGAUAGAUGGAUACGAACCUCCGUUUGCUCCAAAUGUGGAAGUGAUGAAACAAAGUGUAGGAGAUGCCUUCCCUAUAGCUAUAGUGGGCUUUGCUGUGGCCUUUUCUGUGGCUAAAGUCUAUUCUGUCAAGCAUGACUACGUUGUUGAUGGAAAUCAGGAGCUCAUUGCUUUUGGAGUAAGUAAUAUAUUCGGAGCAUCUUUUCGAUCCUUUGCAGCCAGCACUGCACUUUCCAGGACAGCAGUACAAGAAAGCACAGGGGGGAAAACACAGAUAGCAGGUCUAAUCUCAGCAAUUAUAGUAAUGAUCGUCACACUUUCAAUAGGAUUCCUGCUUGAGCCACUGCCAAGGUCUGUUUUGGGAGCUCUCGUGAUUGUGAACCUCAAAGGCAUGCUGUUGCAGUUCAGAGAGCUUCCAUACCUUUGGAGGAAGGACAAAGCUGAUUUCGUUACCUGGGUUGUGACAUGUGCAGCCGCCAUUAUUCUGAACCUGCCACUGGGACUAGCUGUAGGUCUCGGUGUGGAACUGCUCACAGUCAUCUUCCGUACUCAGUUUCCACGUUGCUCUGUACUGGCCAACAUCAAAGGCACUGAUAUCUACAGAGACCGCAAAGAUUACAUCUCUAUUUAUGAACCUGGAGGAGUUAAAAUAUUCAGAAUCCCCUCACCAUUAUUUUUUGCAAACAUUGAGUUCUUCAGGGACAAACUAGUGCAAGCUGUGGGAUUCAAUCCACUCAGAGUUCUGAAAAAGAGGAACAAAGCACUGCGACAGAUCAGAAAAAUGAUCAAAAAUGGGCAGUUACACAUAACACCUGGAGGCUUCGAAGCCAUAGGCUGCUCAACUAAUGAGAUGUCAGAGGAUGAGAGCAACAUGGAGGGCUUAGAUCAGCCAAUAGACUUCUCAGACCUUCCUAUUCAGGUGAACUGGAAAGCAGAGCUUCCUGUCAACAUGUAUGUUCCUCCAGUGGACAUCCACAGUCUCGUCUUGGACUUCUCUGCUGUCUCCUUCAUUGACAUCUCAGGAAUCAAAGGCCUUAAAACGAUAUUAAAGGAAUUCAUUCGAGUGGAUGUGGGAAUCUACAUUGUUUCAUGUGAUGUGUACGUCUUGGACAAGCUGCACAGUUGCAUGUUUUUUGACGAUGAAAUCACGUCGUCCAUGUUCUUUCCCACUCUCCAUGAUGCCAUAUUGUACAUUCAGAAGGAGCAACCAGAUAAUUCACAGGAAAAGGAGACAUGCUUCAAAGGGUCAAACGACCAGAGCAAUGGAUUAUAUCAGCGGAGAACCGAAAAUCCAUCUAAUACACGUCUAUAGAUGUUUUAUAUCGAUAUUUAAUAACAGUGCACACACAAUGAACAUGUAUGUCAUAAAAUUGUAUUGUCUCAGAUGUUUAUUACUAAGCUGUGAAUUAGGUGUCUGUGACCACCACAUUCACAUACACACUCACCGUCCACUUUUAUAGGAACACCUGCACAUUUAUGCAGUUGUCCAAUCAGCCAGUCAUGUGGCAGCAGUGCAAUGCAUACAAUCAUGCAGAUACAGGUCAAGAGCUUCAAAUGUUCACA